AGUCCUCACGCCUUGUGUACAAAUACACUGGCCAGCUUUACCUGUGCCUGUCAUGAGGGCUUCCUGGGAGAUGGGUUCAUUUGUGAAGAUAUUGAUGAGUGCACCAGUUACAUUGACAGCUGUGACGUGAACGCCAACUGUACCAACACAGUGGGGAACUUCACCUGUACUUGUCACCCUGGUUACACAGGGGAUGGACACACCUGUGCAGAUAUCAAUGAAUGUCUUGUGGACAAUGGCGGCUGCGAUACACAGGCCUCCUGCACCAAUACCAUGGGCAACUUCUCCUGUAGCUGUAACUAUGGUUACACUGGGGAUGGGUUCACCUGUGUAGAUUUCUGUGAUGAGCUGUCCUAUGUAAACAUCAGUGACAGCUGGCGCAAUGUCAACCUGGGCGCUGGCACCACUUCAUAUUGUGACAGUGGUGACUGGGUGGUGCAGUGGUACCGCGUAGUACCACCAGCUGGGACCCGAUUGGCUAAUGAGUGUCCUCCUCCUGACCACUGUGGCUCAGCAUACCCUGCUUGGUAUAGUGGAACCGAGCCUACAACACCUGGGGAAGAAAUCGUGGGGUCGGUGUGCACCAACUUAUACGAAUGCUGUCGGUUUCCUGCUGCGGUGACGGUACGCAACUGUGGCCUUUACCUGAUCUAUGAGCUGCCCAACCCUCCGACUUGUAACAUCACCUAUUGCACAGAUGAUUAGAUCAGUGAUCAAGAUAGGCUGUGGAUUAGGCAUGAUCUUAACAUGUGGAAUAGAGCUUAUUGGAAGUGCCACUCCUGGAUUCAAAAUUAUGGUUAUACUUUUUUGAUAUAUUGUGGAAUUUUGAAUUUAAUUGUCGUUUAAAUUCAUGAUAUCACAUGAUUUGACUGAACAGUGGAUUUUUUUUUUUGGACUGGUUACAAUGGAAUAAAGCAAUCCACUCAGACAUGCUACACAGGAAAUUCUAGUAACUUAAUUUGUCACCUCAGCCAUCUAAGGAGGUUAUCUCUUCAUCGCUGAAGGUUACAAGAUAUUUCAGAAAGUUUUACCCAAUUUUUGUAAUGAUUUUAGGAAUGGACAGUUAUUAAGGAGAGAAAUGAGUGAUUUCAAUUUCAACUUGGUCUCCUAAAUUUUUUUAAAAUUCUUUUUAAAUUUCAUGUUAUUGUAUAUUACAUUUUGCUUUGAUGGAUGUCUGCACUCACAAAUAGGUUGAAUUUGGUCGAGGGUCGAAUUUUCUGCCAAUAGUAUACAAUCAUGAACUUGCAAGUUAGCUCUAAGUUGACUUGAACACAGAUGACAUCUGACUAGUGGAAACAUAUAUACACUUGUAGAAUCACGUGCUGUUGAAUAGGCAGAUGAUGGCAACUGAAACAUUUCAAAACCUUUCAUUUUAAAAUCAAAUUGUAAAAAGGGCUUGAUGUAUUGUACACAUGCACUAGUAGAAUCACUGUUGAAUAGAUAGAUGAUGGCAGCUGAAACAUUUCAAAACUUUUCAUUUUGAAAUCAAAUUUCUGAAUUUUUGCUGUAUGUAAGUUAAUUAAACUUUAUAAAGUUGGUUGUGUCUAAUAAUAAUAAUGGAAUGUACUUUAUACUGUAAAAAGGGCUUGUUGUAUUGUACACUUGCACUAAUAGAAUCACUGUUGAAUAGGUAGAUGAUGGCAACUGGAACAUUUCAAAACCUUUCAUUUUGAAAUCAAAUUUCUGAGUUUUUGUUGUAUGUAAGCUAAAUAACCUUUAUCAAGUUGGUUAAAUAUAAUAAUAAAGUUUAAUAAUAAUAAUAAUGGAGUGCACUUUAUACUGUAAAAAGGGCUUGUUGUAUUGUACACUUGCACUAGUAGAAACACUGUUGAAUAGGCAUAUAAUGGCAACUAAAACAUUUUAAAAUCAAAUUUCCAAGUUUUUGCUGUAUGUAAGCUUAAUGAACUUUAUAAAGUUGGUUGUGUCUUUUUUUAAUAAUAAUAAUGGAACGUACUUUAUACUGUAAAAAGGGCUUGUUGUAUUGUACACUUGCACUAGAAGAAUCGGUGUUGAAUUGGGAGAUGAUGGCAACUGAAACAUUUCAAAACCUUUCAUUUAAAAAUCAAA